UACAACAGCACGCCGGAUACAUGUAGUCUAUAUAAAACCAGCCUGUGAUGCUAAGUCCCCGAAAGAGUUAUUGCCAUUAGAUGCGAGAAGGUCGCAGAUAUUCAAAGCGCCGACCAAGACAGCUAUAGACGACAUUUUUACAGGUGACCGAAGCUUCAGCCGGCUGAGAGAUGAGUAAGGACCCAGAGGUGGAGAUGAAGGACGUGGAGCUGAACGAGGUGGACCAGGAGAAGCAGCCCAUGACGGCUGUGGAGGCCGGGAACGGCGACGGGAUCUCGCCCACCGCCGCCGAGAAGAACGGCAGCGUGAAAGUGAAGAUGGAUGAGGAGGAGGUCAAGUUCACCGGCCUCAGCAAAGAGGAGCUCCUGAAGGUCGCUGGAACGCCCGGGUGGGUGCGGACACGCUGGGCCCUGCUGGUCCUCUUCUGGCUGGGCUGGCUGGGCAUGCUGGCCGGGGCCAUCGGCAUCAUCAUCCAAGCCCCGCGCUGCAAGCCCCUGCCCAAAAUGAACUGGUGGAACAAGGGGCCUCUGUACCAGGUGGGCAACGUGGCGGCGUUCACCGAGGAGAAGACCCUGCAAGGACUGACGAAGAAGAUAGACUACCUGAGUGACCUAAAAGUGAAGGGAUUGAUUCUGGGGCCCAUCCACACGUCCAAAGCUAACCAACCACAGAGCCUCAGUUUCACCGAGAUCGAGCCAAGCCUGGGGACCAUGGAUCACUUCAAGAACCUGAUCAAAACGGCACACAAAAAGAGUAUCUCGGUGGUUCUGGAUCUGACCCCGAACUAUAAAGGUCAUGAGCCGUGGUUCGCUAACGGGACGGUCACCGAUGUAGCGGAGAAGCUCAAGCCGGCCCUGGUGUUCUGGCUGAAGGAGCACGAGGUGGACGGGGUGCGGCUCUCCGGGGUGGAGCGGCUGCUCAACGUCACGCCCAGCCAGUGGGCCGACUUUCGCGCCAUCGUGCAGAACUUCACCACCGACGACAAGACCAGGGCUCUGUUUGGGGUGACGGACAAGACGUCGGCCGUGGACGUGGCGGCUCUGCAGAACCGCUCUGGGGUCGACCUGUUGAUGUCGGGGGUCCUGCGGGCAGCUCUGGGCAGCGAGGACCUGGCCCCCACCAUCCAGCACCUGUACUCCUCCCAGAACCAGACGUCUCUGGCCUGGUCCCUCAGCGACCGCGCCCACGGACACCUGGCCUCGCUGGGCCCCGCCCUGCUCAGGCCUCACCUGCUGCUGCUGCUCACCCUGCCUGGCACACCCAUCCUCAACUACGGAGACGAGAUCGGCCUGGAGGACACGCAGGACAAGGUUACCAGGAUGCUCUGGGACUUGAAGAACAGUACAGAGAAGGAGAUGCCGCAGACGCUGGAGUUUUUCCAGCAGCUCAGCGACCUGCGGGGGAAGGAGCGCUCCCUGCAGCACGGAGGCUUCCGGAUCCUGCACAACAGCACUUCCUGCCUGGCGUUCCUGCGCCAGUGGGACCAGAGCACCGUCUUCCUGUCUGCCCUGAACUGGGGGACGGAGUCUGUGGCCCUGCGCCUCGCCCCCCCCAUCCCGGCCUGGGCCACCGUUACCAUGGCCACGGACCCCACGGUGUUCCUGAAGGGCAGCAGUGUGAAGCUGGACUCCCUGCAGCUGGGUGCAGGCCAGGCCCUGCUGCUGCAGUACCCCUACUCCGCCUGAGGGGCCGCCAGAAUCACCCGUCAUUUACACUGUCAAAACCUGCAAUGGUGGAUAGAAUCUGUGUUGUGAGUGCAAGUUCUCUCUUGCCGUAGACGUGUGUGUAACGUUAAAAUUAAAUGGUUAUUUCAUUCCAAGACAUCAUCAUGCAAUGUUGUGAUGUUGAUGUUACAGUAUUUGAACACAUACACGCUGUAUUUUGUCCACUGGCAUUUUCAGGUUCCAUCAGUGGUAGUUUUAGUGAAGUGGCAGUCUGAAUGGGACCCCCCCCCGCUGUAACUGUGAAUUGUGUCUCUUUAGCUUUGGAAAAUGGCUGCCAUCCUUCUGCAGCACCAUAGAUGAAUCAAAGUGGCUUAGUGUGCCUGUUCAGCCACUGGGAGAGAGGGAUCCUCUCUCUCUCUCUCUCCCUCACUCCAUCAUGAGAAAUAAACAGCCUGAAACAAA